AACAUUUGCCUCAUUCUUAAUCACUGAAACGCUUUUGCUGUCCGGAUCCGUCAUCAUGGCUCUAGCACGAAAUCUGGGGAAGAUCAACUACAAAAGCUCGGUGCUUUUCUUAUGUGACAUGCAGGAAAAGUUCCGCGGAAACAUUCAGUAUUAUCCUCAGAUUCUAAAUGUUGCAAACAGAAUGCUUCAAGGAGCGCAGGCUUUGGACAUGCCGGUGAUCGUCACAGAACAGUAUCCCAAAGGUCUCGGGCCGACAGUGUCAGAACUUGAUGUCAGUCAGCUGAAGGUUUACCCUAAAACACAAUUCUCAAUGUUGAUACCUGAAGUUGUAGAUCGACUGUCAACUAUGAAAGAGGUAAAGUCUGUAGUGCUGUGUGGUAUAGAGACCCAGGUUUGUAUACAGAACACUGUUCUAGACCUCCUGGAGAAAAACUACCAAGUCCAUGUGAUUGCUGAUGCCUGCUCCUCACGAACCAUGGUGGACAGGAUGUUUGCUUACCAGAGGAUCAAGGAAGCAGGAGCGUUUCUGACCACCAGUGAGAGCAUGCUCCUGUCUCUAUGUAAUGAUGCCUCCCAUCCUAAGUUCAAACCGAUACAGAAGCUCAUCUGGGAGUCGGCACCAGACAGUGGCCUCCUCACCACAAAAGUCCAGGGCGAGACUGCAGUAUAGGAAGAUUCAGACAGAGGGAAACAAGAAGACUCAUUUUAUAUCUGUUUCUUAAAUGGUAAUGGGAGAUAUGAUUAUCUGGGUUUCCCAAAAGUAAUUUUUGUUAAUUAUGCUGUGUAAAUCAAAUGACUUGGUGAUUGCGGUGAUGUGAUUGAUAUUAAAGAUUUACGGUUUUAUCAUUAACAAUGAUAUUAGUUAAUUAAGGGUUUGUAACCAAUGGACACAACCACAAGCUCAUAAUCAAACAUCCUAUCAUGUGUAGCGGAACUGGACUGAGUCGUUCGUAGGCAACCAGGUAGCUCAAUUGGUUAGAGCGUUCGUCUAGAGUUCGGAAGGUCCCGAGUUCGAACCUCGGUCUGGCCAUUGCAUUUCUCUUUCUCCUGUCAGACUGGCAUGUGUACCAAGUUCCUAAGGAAGUUAUGAUUUAAAAAAGUGUUGAGAUAAUUCAGUCACUUUCAAAAUGAUGUUGAGCAAGAUGUACAUAACCAAGAUGGAUGCUAGAUAAUGUGGCUUUGUCUGUGACAAUAUAGGGGCUGAUGGCCUGUAAAAAUAUAUAUGGAUGUAUGGUUGACAGACCCAUGAAUGUCAAAAGAGAUGGCCUUGAGAUUGGUCACCUACAUGUAUGAACAUAUUCAAAAUGAAAGAAUGAUGAGGCAGUAUAUACAUUGUAUUGCUCCAAUGGAAUGAUAUUUCAAUACGUGGGAUGUUUCAGAAAUUCAUACUGCUGGAAUUACUAAAGACGUUACUGUGCCAUUUUUAAAACUAGUUUAUAAUUGUGUAGCAUUAAAUUUUGAAAACACAAAAUGGAAAAUUCUUUGAAAUGUGAAUAUAAUUGCUUAAAAUAUUAAAAAAUCAAUUU